AUGGAUCCUCGACCAAUUACACGAUGUGGGUGUGGUGCACAAAUAAAGGUUCACGUUGAUCAAAGCACUGGCCGUUGGUUCGUAGAUAAGUUUUGUGGUGAACAUAACCAUGAGAUGCUAGAUGCAAGGUUUCGGGGGUUGUUGCGUUCUCAUAGGGUAAUCAAGGAAGGGGACAUGCAUCAAAUUAACUCGAUGAGAAAAGCUGAGAUGCGUGUGCCAACCAUAUUUCGUGCAUUUGUCACCCAAUGCGGGGGAUUUGAGACAGUUGGAUUUGAAAUUAAAGACAUCUACAAUGCAAUAGAGAAUGAAAGAAGAGUGGGGGCAAGUGAUGCGGAGUGUGCCUUAAAGUAUUUGUGUUGCCUAAAGAGGAAUGACGCAAACAUGUUUUGGAAAUUCUCAUUGGACGAGGAGAGGAGGCUGCACAAUAUAUUUUGGUGUGAUGGUACUAGCCGACAUGACUAUAGUGUGUUUGGGGAUGUUCUGGGGUUCGACGCAACUUAUGGGAGGAAUAGGUACAAGUGUCUGCUUGUAAUAUUUUUGGGUUUGGAUCAUCACAUGCAGACUGUGGUAUUCAGUUGUGCAAUUCUGAGCAACGAAGUAGAGGAAAGUUAUGUCUGGUUGUUGCGAGUAUUUCUUGAGGCAAUGAAAGGACAAGAACCGAAAUCUAUGUUGACCGAUGGAGAUUUGGCAAUGAAGAAUGCAAUUAAUGCUGUCUUUCCAAAUGCACAUCACAGGCUGUGCAGUUGGCACCUGCUACGAAAUGCGACUGCCCGCAUUGGCCGGCCCAUGUUUCUUUGCAAGUUCCGAGUUUGCCUGAUGGGUGACUUAGAGGUAGAUGAGUUUGAGAACCUAUGGAGCGAUGUUGUGGAAGAGUUUGGGUUGCAACAAAACCUGUGGAUACUAGAUAUGUAUGAACGCAAGCAUAUGUGGGCUAAUGCGUAUAUUAGAGGCAAAUUUUUUGCUGGGCUGAAGACGAUGUCUCGAUAUGAGGCAUUGAACAUGCAAAUUGGGAAAUUUAUUGGGAACGGAUACAAUCUACGUGAAUUUAUUGAGCAUUUUCAGCACUAUCUCAAGUUCAUGAGAAGAAGAGAGCUAGUCGCCGAUUAUAGAUCUGUGUAUGGGCAACCCAUUGUUAAGUCGAAGUUGGAGGCCUUGGAAAGCUACGCAGCAACAGUAUACACCAAAGAGGUUUUUGAACUAUUCCGGGAGGUCCUCCUUUUGUCCAGCAAUGUAAGAGUUGUAUCUUGCAAGAAAACUAGCACGUGUUCCCUGUUUGAGGUUACCAUGUACUGCCGGGACCAGUCCUGGAGUGUGGCUUGGGACGAGGCGGAUGACGAAUUUACUUGCUCAUGUUUGCGUAUGGAAUCAUUUGGCAUUCCUUGUGUGCACAUGGUGGGGGUGUUUCUUUAUCUGAACAUCACUCAGCUUCCGGUGAAGACCAUAUGCGAACGAUGA